UAUAUUUGUCUAUGUAAGAUAAUAUAUGCAAACUAUGCAGUAAAAAAAUGUUCAAUACAGUGAUAUGUUUUAAAAAGGGUCUUGAGAAGUGAGAGAUUUUACCAACUCACGGGAGCUGCAGGCAACAAAAGUCCAAGCCCACACUGUCGUUUUGCUUACAAAUCAACUUAUUUAUUGUCCCUACACGACAGAUUCUGUUUUUUGUUUUUCAAAAUUUUGGGGGGUUUUUAGGUUCAUUUCCCUCCUCUCUUCAAGUCUCAGGGGAUUUGGAUUUGAAUCUGGAUCUUUUGUUUUUUUUCUUUGAACUUGGAAGUAUUUUUGAAAAUUUUGUUUUGAAGAGUGUCGAGUUAGUUCUGAAGUUGAACUUUAAGAUUUUACCAAUUUGGUUUUGGUUGUUGAAUGAUAAAAACAGUAUGAGUAUGACCAUUGAUCACUCCAUUUACAACACAAAAUGCAGAACAAAUUUUGCAAGUAAGAAGAUGGAAGAAGAAGAAGAAAAGGAAGGUCUGAGAACUGUGGAAUGUUUAAGAGGGAGACUACUUGCAGAGAGGCAAGUUUCAAGAUCUGCCAAAGAAGAGGCAGAGAUUAUUACCAGAAAGAUGGAAGAGUUGGAGCGUAAUCUGAAAGAAGAGAUCAGAUUAAGGGAAAAAGCAGAGAAGAGACUAAAGCAUCUGAUGAAGAAACUUAAAUUUAUUAAAGGGUCACACAGUUCGGAGGGAUCAGAUCAAUUGAGUUCAUCUGAAGUUUCUUGUGUAUCAUCGGUUUGCACUUCGGCCUCCAAGGAAGAAGAAGAAGAAAAUCAUGAAAAGGGAGCUGCGGAAGAAAAGAAAAGUGAUCAUGCAACUGACAGUGUUGCUUCUAUGGAAGAUGAUUCAGGUUCAAAGCUCAAAGAUGUUUCUUCUGGUGAAGCAAGUGUUGUUGCUUCAACCUCAAGUCAUGAAGAAGAAUCACAGGCUGGUAAUGAGUUCUCUUGGUGCUCAGAUGCAACUUAAGGGUUCAAGAAUCAAGAAUAUCCAUUUAUCCUCCCCUAACCAACUUUGAAACAGAACCAUUUCUCAUGGUGGAUAUCAUAAAGUUACUAAUACUAUAUAGUAUAUAGUACUACUUUUGUUAAUCACCAAUCCAAGUUCAAGCUCAAUAUAUUGAGGAAAUUGGUGGUAAUGGAGAUAGUAAUGAACAAGAAGAAGAAGAGAGAAGCCGAGAUCAAAGACAAAUGUGGGUUCAUUGAUACAAAAAGGUAAUGGAAGGAGAGAGGCCAUGUGAAUAAAGCGAUUUGAUUAGGCUUUAGGACACAUGUAGAGUUUGAUAGUAAUAAAUUCAAAGUGUUAUUAGUAGAGUUUGGGAGGACGACACGACACACAUGACAUAAUGUUAUGUCUCUUUCUUCUUGUGUUUUUUUUUUUGUUACCAAAGAACGAAAGUGACGUUUCUUGGAACCUA